UACACAAAGGCUCUGCUGAAGACGUGUACACUCCACUACCGUUAGCUAGCUAGCUGGCUAGCUUAGCCACCUGUCAGAAUAACGGCAUUAUUAAUGAAAUAACGUUACAACGCAAAGGGAGAAACAGCGCUUUAACAAAUCACGGAAGAUGGAGACGCUUUAUCACCAGACAAACAAGCAAAUCCAGGAGGUGCAGUCUUUGAUGGGAAAUCUGGAAAAGACGGACCGCCAGUCAGUACACUUGUUAGAGAAUGAGCUGCAGGCGAGAAUCGACCAGAUCUUCAAUCAAUUAGAACGCCUCGAGAUCCUGGCCAGCAAGGAGCCACCAAACCGCCGCCAGAACGCCAAAUUGCGAGUGGACCAGCUUAAGUAUGAUGUCCAACACCUUCGGACCGCCCUGCAGAAUUUCCAGCACCGACGCUAUGCUAGAGAGGCCCAGGACAGAGAGAGGGAGGAACUCAUGAGCCGUACCUUCACAACCAACGACGCAGAUACCUCCAUUCCCAUAGAUGAGACCCUACAGUUAAACUCCAACUUGCACAACGCACACAGAGGCAUGGAUGACCUCCUGGGCAGUGGCAGUAGCAUCCUCAACGGCCUCAGAGAUCAAAGAUCCACUCUGAAGGGGACCCAUAAGAAGAUGCUGGAUGUGGCCAACAUGUUGGGGCUGUCGAACACAGUGAUGAGACUAAUAGAAAGGCGAGCGACCCAAGAUAAGUUCAUCAUGAUUGGAGGCAUGCUGGUGACCUGCGUCUUCAUCUUCCUGGUAAUCAGAUACCUGGGCUGAUUGUCAUCCAUCCGCAGCGGCCGUUUUUUGAUCAGUCGUGGACAUUUCUGCAGCACAUCAUCCAUCAUGAUAUGAAAAGUGGCAGAACUGAAUUUUUAACAUCUGAUUUCAGUAAUUUUUUUUAAAAUAAAGUGUGCCAUUAUAGUUUGUUUUCCACCAUUUAAAUUAUUUUGGGCAUCUGCAAAACGGUAAGGUUGAAGAAGACCUUAAUUACAUUCAGUAUUUUAUUCCACUUGGAGCUUCAACAGAACAUUGGACUUGAUGAUAAUAGGUCUGCUCCAUUAUCUAGUCUUUUUUAUCAAAACCACUCUGAAACUGUAAAUCACUGUUGUGACUACCCAAAUGGCUUUUCAGAAAUUUGUCAGAGCAUUACACUCAGCUUGCGUUUGCCUCCAGUGAAAAGCUGUGUUUUGUUCCUGUCAGUAAUGUUGUCAGUGUCAUUCUGCCUUCUCAGUUCAUAGACAAAUAGAAAUACUCAUGUAGAAAUGCUUACAGUGCUCCAUGUUUCAUUAUACUGCAACUCAGGGUGCUCCCUGAAAAAAUUCUUUUGUUUUAUGAUGAACAGAACAGUGGCAACAAGUAUCUGUUCAGAAAGACAAUGAAAGCAGCAGUUAAUUUGACAGUGUUCAUAUUAUUUAUCUUGUAUUAAAAGGGACAGUUCACCUAAAAAUUAAAAAUAUAUUUUUACUAUUAACCUGUAGUGCUUUUUAUCAAUCUUGAUUUUCUUUUUUUUAGUUGCCAAAUGUGAUGUCUGCCUUCUCUCCAAUACAAUGUUGUGAUCAGUUUCAUGUAGUUUUCUUAAUACUAACUUACGCUGACCAAGCUUAUCACCGCGCAGAACGACGCGUGCAUCUAGUCAUGCACAAGAGGUUUGUGCUCAUGAUGGCAUGAUGAAAACAUAAUUGGCGUCUUCCUCAGCCGAACUGUAACAUUAGCCAGCUCAGUGGUGCUACGUGAGCUGGCAAUAGCCGAUAGCUAUUAACUAAUCCAUUGAUGCACACUUCCGUCUGUGUGGUGAUGCGGUCGGUGGAUCUAUUUUGGUAGAGAAAAUAGUUCCUGCAUGAAACUGCUCACAGCAAGGUUUUGAGUAAGGUAGUAGGGUCAUGACUUCUAGAAAGAGACGUUGCUGUUGAGGUUUUCAAAUGUAUUUCUGGUGCUUUGAGCACAAGCCGAGUACCAUUUAGUUUAAUUAUAUUGGAAAGAGGGACAAAAUCUUCAACACUUGGCAACUCACACCAAAACAAUGUAAAUUCAUAAGGUUGACCCUUGCGUACCUGGUGGAUUGUAUAGGCUGAGGCCUUAGCAAUGGUGCUGAUUUGAUUCCGACCUCUCUCUCCCAACUUUCCUGUCUAUCUUCGCUGUCAUAUCAAUAAAGAUCGAUAAUCAAUUUAGAUCGAUAAAUAGGACUACAGGUCAAAAGGAAAACAUGUAUUUUUGAUUUGGGGUUGAACUGUCCCUUUAAGCUUGGGUCUAGUCUCACUAUGUUAGUGAUUUAAUUCCCUUCAUAGAAUAAAAUGUUUCAUCCCCUUGGUA